UUGUACUCCACAAAUACUUUUUUUUUUAAAUUUGUAUUUGUUGGUGAAAGAAUGGAAGAUUUGGGUUGGUCACGGCAUAAUCUAUUCCUUUGCACACGUAGUGCUUAUAUAGUAACAACAUGAGCUAUACAUGGUAAGUGUCAAUCACAUUACAACUCUGAGCGCCACAUCUGCUUCUUCCCCGCGCAAAACCAAAGCGAAGCAACCGCACGGGCAAUCCGAACUCAGUCCGAACGUGUCUCGUAACCGCGUGCUCUCCGAUCCGCUCUCGAUUCGAUUUGUCGCCAGGGCAGUAUAAGCCAACGCCCACUCCCGAGUCCCGCCGCCACUCUCUUCCCCUUCCAUCCUUCCACCACUCGCUAGGCAGGUUAGCCGCCAUGGCCGGGCAAAGCGCGCUCCGCCGCUGGAAGCCGUUCUUCGCGGCGUUCGGUCACGUCGAUGCCGCCAUCGAGGACGCCGGCCCGGGGCUCUCCCGCGACCACUUCCGGCUCGUCAGGGGCCAGAUCGUCGAGUUGCUCUGCGACGCUUCGGACGACGGCAAGGCGGAGGAGCUGUGUCUCGUGCUCGACGACGCGAUGGCCCUGUCGCUCGUCACGCUGCAGGCGGCGCCCGCGGAGGUGGUGCCGAGGAUCCUGGCGUCGUCCGCCGACCUCGCCAACGCCGUCGGCGCGCUGAGGAGCCACGAGUCGGAGCGAGUCCGCGGGCUCGCCAGCGACAUCGUCCGCGGCUGGAGGGCGUCCAUCGAGGACGACAUCGUCAGGGCUAGCGCAGCCAUGGAGAAGCUGGAUGCUCUGUCGCAGCUUCUGCCUUCCGGGUGCACGGCGUCCCACGUCUCCAACGGCCGCAGCCACAACGCGCCCUCGGAUCAUGACGCCAAGAAGAACAGGCCGGCCAAGAUCGAGGAGAACCAGCCGCGUCCCAGGAAGACGGCUCCCGUCGUCGUCGGAUCCGGUCGUGUCAAGGCGGCAGAGGCCUCUGAUCCCUUGCCGAAGAAGACGACUCCGGUUGCUGGCAGCCAAUGCUUGAGGACGGAGAACACGAAAGCUUCAACCAAGAUUUCGUUGCCCAAGAAGACGCCACCUUUCAUUGGCCGCCCCUUCGGCGACGACCGUGUGAUGUGUUCCAAUCCCGAGAAGAAGAUGGAGGCUACAAAGCGCAAGCUGCAUGAAGGCUACCAAGAAGCGGCGGACGCGAAGCGGCACCGCAAGAUCCAUGUCAUCGAGGCGCCGAAGAUUCUGGAACAGAGGAAGCGGAAGAUGCACCCCAUCAUGCGGGAGCGGAGCCAAGCGAGAUGCGCGACCUCCACGGCCGUGAGGCGUUCUUUGAUGCCAUCGUUUCAGAGGGUUUAG